AUAAGUACUAUAUAUCUAGUUUCUAGCUGUGUAAGAGGUACAGUGGGGCAAUAACUAUUUUCAGAGAAUACACUCUAGUUUAAAAAAAAUAGAAAAAUGAAGUUUCCACUGUUUAUAUUUAUUUUCACUUGUAUGUUAAGCUCGUCUUUUAUUCUGGCAUUAAAUAGGGUAGAUUUAUCAGACCAAGCAUUCGAUGUAGAAGAUAGAAAAAAUUAUCCAGGUUUCACAGAAGUUCUUAGGUCUAUGGCAGAAAUUUUGCAGAGCAUUAUUUCUUUACUAACAGGAGGUGGUUCCGUAGAUAAAGUAGUCAAAUCUGUACAAGGAUUUGCUGUGGAACUAACGCGAUUAGUUAGCAUUCAAGGUAUGGUAGGCCAAAUUCCAAUGAUUGGCUCCUUUUUGCAGCCGAUAGUCUCAUUGAUUAACCUUAUUCUAUCGAAUGCUCCUUUGUUGGGUGGAAUGAUCUCAUUAAUUUUGGUAGGACUAGAUGUACCAGAACCUUAAUAACCCAUUAAAUGUACGAAAUAAAUUUCUGGUUAACGGUAUAUUUUUUUACCACAAAAAAGAUUGAAGAACUGAAUGGUUUUGGAAUUAUUUUUUGUUGAUUGUAUCUAUUGUAAGUCAAAUAUACAAAAUAAAGUAAUUUAUUUAAAUACAA